GUAUUCGAUCCAAAACAGUAGAUGAUUUGGUCCAUGAUCCUGAAGAAAUCAAUCGUAUUCGACAAAAUGGUCGACUUUCUCAAGAUCGAUUUAUUGGUGUUAGCUCGGAUGAUAUGAUUGACAACAACUCGGCUAUGGUAUCGAAAAAGGAAGAUCAAGAAAAGGAAGAAAAGGCUAUAAAUUCCAGUCCUAUCCCACCUCAUUCUAAGCAAUUACCUCCUGUCAAUCAACAACAACAACAACAACAACAACAACAACAACCAUCUUCCAAAGAACAACAGACUAAUGACUUGUCAACUGACGAUAUGGAUAAUGUUAUCUUUAGAGAAGAUUUUCUUGAUCCUUUGGAAGAAGAUAAUCAUGCUAUGGUAUUCUCUCCUACUGGUGGAAAAGGAAAGAUGGCUCCCCUUACUUCGGAUGCUUUGGAUGAUGAUCAUGAUGAACAGCAACACAAAUCAACUCAGGACACCAAAAAGAAAUCUCGUUUUAGCUUUGCAGGUGUAUUCUCAAGAACAAAACGACAAUCUACUGUUACUGAUGCAUCCUCAGAAGGCAAAUCGCAACAUGAUGACUCUGUUACACCAUCAGAUGUGACCAUAUCUGCCUGUGAAAAAGAAAUUCAACAAACCAAAUCCAAUGUGGAUAAUGAUGAAGACGGCUGGGGUGACUUUACUUCUCCUAAUCAAGAUCAGCCUGAAGCUAACGUUACAGGAGGUACUUCUAAUCAUCAAGAGGAACUUUCAAUUGGACAACAACAGCAACAACAAGAGGAUGACCUUCUCGAUUUGGAUUGUGAUGUGAUGACAGCUUCCACAGCAAGAACAAGUGUAGACAAUAAUGAAUUGUUACUACUGGAUUUGGAUACGCCAUCUUUCAACACUUUCACUAUUCAGGACAACAGUAACAAUAUCAUCACGCAGCAAUACAACCAAUACCCUGUCACCAAUAUCAUGACUUCAAAUACAAUUCAAAAAAGUCAUUAUGGAUAUCAAUCAUCAUAUCCAUCCCAACCUACCAUACCCACAUUGAUGAGAAACAAUAGCAAUAGUUACGCCUCCGACAUUUCUUCACCUACUAUGAAUACACCAACUUCUCCUUUUGAUUUUGAUCCUUUAGGAUUAGGCAAGAAUGAAUAUCCACAAAGCAAUAUCAAUCAAAACAAGAUGACAACUACUAGUCCACAACAACUUACUCAACCUUGGUACCCAUGGAUGGCAACAAACAAUACCUCUUAUCAAUAUCAUCAGGAACAAAAACCUCUUACGGUGGAUGAUUUAUUAUCUUGAAAUCACUCUGUCUUUUCUUUUUUUUUUUUUUUUUUUUUUUACCCCAUUAGCCAUAUCUAUUUAUUUUCUUUAUCUUUUUAUACUUUUGUUUCAUAUCUGUUUCUAUAUGUGUUUAUAUAUAUUCCUAUAUUUAUCUCAAUCCAUCAAUAAAAUACCUGCUUUUGUCAUAUGUCC